GUGGAUGUCAGAGUUGAGAGGUUAGAAACUGGAGGCGGGCACCAAGAAGAGAGAAACCUUCCCAGUGCGAUUCUAAGUUUACUGAGACUGCUGCCUGAAUCAUGGCCAUUGACUGGAUAGGAUUUGGCUAUGCGGCCGUUUUGGCUCUUGGUGGUUUCCUGGGAUAUUCCCGUAAAGGAAGUCUUGUGUCAUUGAUCGCAGGUGUCUCUUUUGGCAUUGUUGCUGCUUACGGAGCGUAUUGUGUUUCAUCUAAUCCCAGUGACGUCAAGAUAUCUUUGAUUGCAUCAAUUUCUCUGGCCACAAUUAUGGGCCUGAGAUAUAAUCGUUCCAGAAAAUUAAUGCCUGCAGGAAUCAUUGCAGCGUUAAGCCUUUUCAUGGUGGUUAGGCUAGGAAUGAGUCUUUUCUAGGACAGAAUAUCUGAUGGAUAACAUGUCUGCAAUCAAGUGUUUCCUGAUCUCUGGAUAAUGCAAUUAAUUUUUACCUUAAAUUUGCACUGAAUGUUUAAGGAUUUGGCAGAUCUGUAAUGAUUCUGAACAUUUUGUAUUAAACUAAUUCUGUAUAAAAUAAUGAGAAGAAAUGUAUUUUGAAUUAAUAUAUCAACAUAUUAAGCCUUUACAUGCAAAACUGUAUCAUCUAAGAUAGUAGUUGGCUCAGUCAAAGUAGAUUGGGCUUUCAAAUAAAUUUAGCUUAAAUAAAAGCACCAGGUAAAUAACUUUGGGCCAUCAAAGACCUAAACAAUUCCAAACUUUCUGCCUCAUUAGAGUUGGUUCUUUCAAUCUUUCAAGCACUUUUGACUAAUGUAGGAUAGAUGUGUUUCGUGGAUGACUGAUAGUGUGUUGUAAUAAAAUCCAGUGGGAUUAGAUGCCAACUUCAGUAACUAUCAAUCUGAGCACAGUGCCAACUACUAUAUUAAAUAUCUUCACCAUUAAAACACAACAAAA